UAGAGUUAGGGGUAGGGUAUCCAGCUUUAAAUCAAAACUUCAUCAUCAUUUCUAGGGAUAAUUUGUGUAUGCUGUCAUAGAAACUGAAACAAUAUGUCAUCGUGAUGCCAUUGGCAGAUGUGAGACAUCCAGUAGCUUGCAUGUUCCUAGUACAGGUUGUCCAUGGGACACACUCUUCUAUUAUAUUGUGAUACAUUGUAGUGUGACUGAUACAUACUCGAUGAGACAUCUGCUCAUCUCAGAGACAAUAGCACACAAAGAGCCACUGCCAGUUUAAAUGACCACUAAAUCAUCCCCCAUUCAAAAGUUUGAUCAUUGUGUAGAUAAGCAUACAGGUCAAUCAUUCAUACCCACCUGUAGCUAUAUUCAUAUAUCAGUACAGGUAAAGCAUUGGUACAUGUCUACGGUAGUCUUUGUUUUGAAAUUCAACAGAUGGGAAAUACUGUCUCUAGCAUAUAGAUUUGCACUUCAAGUUACCAAAAGUCAGAUAGUCAAGAAAAUCGAAUCUAAAUUUAGAAAAUAUUUUCGAAGAUUGCAGAAACUGGAGUAUCAAGGAAGGAGGAACGCGCUUUUGGAAUAAAAAAAGCUGGUCAUUUUAACCAUCAAUAUAAUUUGAUUCAGUCGAGGAAUGAUUGCUUGGAGACAAAACAGCAGUUAAAAAUCUGGAGAAUUUAUAAACUCGUAGCAAACAAAACUAAAAGACUAUAAGAAUUAAAGUCAGCAAGAGAUAAUCUUUUAACUUAACAAAUGCCACUCGAGAAAACACUUUAUUUAAAAAACAAACAUUUUCUGAAUUCCAUUUGCACUAUUAAAAAUAUGCUAUAAAUUUUAUAACUGUAGAUAGCUACCUAGGACUUCGUACCAAAGUAUAUUUGGCCUAACCAUAUGGACCUGAGGCAUUCUGCAUGUCAAUGUAAACCGGAAUGAAUCAAUCAUGGCUAAAAACAAAAAUGUUAUAAAUUUUGUUGAAAAUAUUCAACAGUGUUUAAUGUAGUGAUUGGGAAAAUCAAAAACUGAGAAAGCUUUUAUUGAUGCUUAGUUGUCACAUUUGAAGCUGUUAUCAUCGCAUGUUAAGAAUUAAUUUUGGGGCGUUCAUCCUUAACAUGCAACUAACUCCCCAUGUACUGUGCGUGUAAUAUGUGUCACGGUUGGCAGAUAUACCUACUGGAGGCAAUCUGAUUAACUCAUUAUUUUAAGACAACUCGUGUUCAUAAAUGCAACAUGUACAUACAUUUUAAGGACUAACAUUUAAGAAGCAAGAUGCUCAGAUUCUAGUUUACAUUUUUACAAAAAAAUCACUAAUGAGAAAAUUACAAAAACAUACUGGAGAGCAUCUGGUUAGGAACCAUACCUGGGAACAUACAGAGAAACCCCAGAGAGAAUUUACAAAAAAUUAACUAAAAGAAACAAAAGAUGCUUCUGCAACAACAUGGAUCUCUUAACAAGGCUAAUUGAAGAGCCAAUCAUACUGUCUGCGCUCAGAGGUGUAAGAAACUUUUAAAUUAGAAAUAUCGUAAUUGGAAGCACUAAUUCAAACAUUUGUGAGAAUCAUCAUAGAACACUUGACAUGUAUAUUUUAAAUGCAGCAUUGAAUACAAUAUAGCGGCAAGGAUAUAAAUAGGAAAUGCAAAUAUUAAGAUGCAGUCAAAAGUGGACCUGAAUUCGAUAUACAAAUAAACCAAUUCCGAACUUUGACAUUUCACUGAGAAAGAAUUGAACUAGUGACAUUUCAAUUGAAAAGUUCAAUCACGGAAUUUUGUUUUCAUUUGGUAUGAAGGAUAAAUAUUUAAAGUCUGAAUUGUUUGACAUUGAAACUUGAUGGAUGCCUUCUAUGUUCUGUCAACCCUGUAUUAUUGUGCAAUCAAAUAAACGACUAGACUAAGUUUAAUUUAACGUGAUGGGCUGAGAAAACAGACUUAAAGCUGGAGAGGAAGCAGUCGAAGCAAGAUAUGGAUAUAUGUUUUGUUAACUCAGAAAGUUUUUGCAUAAAGGUUCCUGAAUUGCAUCACAUCGUAAUUUAAUAACAAAUGAUUGUUCAUUUCAAAUGGGAAAAAGGAGUGUUGUAACAAUGCCUGAAGGAUUUUCUAAUCAAGCAAUAACCGCAAGCAUUCAUCGUUAACUGAUAAUAACAUUAUUUCAUAUUUCGUAGAACACUAUAUGAAUUAUAGUAAUUUUAAUUAAACUCUAAUUCCCAAAAGGAAUUUUUAGUAUAUUGCACAACAGAAUUUUAUGAUUGUAAUACCAUCAAAGUGAAGGCUGAUCUCAUUAAGGACUUCAAUGUUAAUGACAUUAAUGACUCAAUUAAUAAAAAAUAGUAAAUUUGGUUAAAACUCUUACCACAUGAAGGUUUAAUUUUUGCUAACUUAACCAGAUGGGCACUACUUUGAAUACCUUAAGUUAAGGUAUAUGACGGAAGUACACACAUGUUUGUUGAAUCAUAGCAAACUAAGCCUAUUUGAAUAAGCCUUAUAGGCUGAGAGCACCGUAGUUUGAGCAAGAGCUUAUAUUUGAUAUAGACCAUUUUCAAUGGGACCUUUAACUUGCCUACUCCUAUGAAGUGUGGUUUAAACUAUGAAUGUUUUGGAAUGCUGAUUUGUUUAAAGGACUCAGAGAGUACACAAAAAAGACAUGAAUAGGCAAACGGAACUAAACUAGCGUGAAUAUAGCAAUGGUAUUUUUAUAUGAUGGGAACUCAAUUUAAACAGGAUUUACAUAUCACUUAAAUAAGGUUGACAGUGAGAGAUAAGAUCGUAGUAAAAGUAAUGGAAACCCCACAGUUAUUGCCAAUGAUAAACUAGCUUCCCUAAUAAACUAGACGUGGGAGUUGAACCAAAUUAUUUAACAUGACACAACGAGCUAUCAGAAGACGUGAGAUACAGAAGUACCACGAAGGAUUAUCAUACAGUAAAUCUCUCCCGUAUAUCAAGCUCUACGCUUUAAAGCGUCCUGCAGUAUUCCCUGAAUGGAUUAACAAUCAAGCGGUUGCAUUGAAAAGGCCGGGUUCUACACCAAAUAUCAACCAAGGAGACUUUCUAGAUGCCUACAUGAACGGGGUCACUCCGACCAAAAGUGAUAAGUACAUCAUAGAAAAAAUUAACUCAGAUUAUUUUAACAGCUCUUCUCCUGAUAAGAAAUAUUUUGUGAAAAAAAUCGAGGAGAAUGGACGUGUGAGAGGUCGACGUGACACAAGAUUGAAACGCUCACUUAGUGAACUCGAUCUGGAUACAAAGAAUAACAAUCAUUUGGAUUUACCAGUUUUAAAGGAUCUCCCUAAACCUAAUGGUGUAAUCAAAAUGGAAUCUAAUAAGCAAAGAAGUGCUAAUGUUGUUGAGGAAGAUGACCAUGAAUUGAUGUUUGUUGAAGGAAAAGGAUUUGUAAAACAAUUAAAACAUCCAACUCCAAAUGGAAAUGUUAAAAAUACAAGAGAGUUGAAAUCUGACACUGAACUAAUGGAAGAUGAUUUUGUGACAUUCCACGAACAUUCUGUAUUAAAUGACUCUUUGAAUGGUAACACUGGAGAGAUUCAAAAGGACAUGACGCAAAGCAAUGAUAAUAAAAAUCAACAAAAUGGUGGACUCCAUAUAAGCAACACUUCAAAUCUUAACAAAAGGAUAUCUCAGAAUAACACAAAUGACCUCAAACCAAAUUCAUAUCAAAAUGGGUCAGUUGUAAUAAAGGACAAUGACACUGUUGAAGGUGAAGAUGAUCCAAAAAUAUACCCAAGUGUGUUAAGCAUAACCACAACAGCCGCAGACUCACAAACAAGUCAGGGAGAUCUCAGAAAUAGACUUAUGAAAUAUUUCGGUGAUUUAACCAAAAAGAGUAAAAUGAGUCGGACAAAAGGACGGAAACCGAGUGUUGAAAUCAAGUGCAAUGUUAAUAUUAAACCCUCCAGCAAUGGAAGUGUUGUUAUAAAUUCAAGUAAAACAACUGAUGCAAUUAACUGUACCUCACCUUUACAAGGCAAUGAAUCUGUAUCACUUAAUACCAGCACAGAUGAGAAUGAGAACUUGAAUGAAUCUACUGCCAGUGACGAUGCUAGUGUUGGUGUUGUCAGUCCUUGUGAUGUCAUAAUAGAAUUACCAGGAUUAAAACGAAGUAGAAGUAGUGAUAGUGUAUUAGAUAAAACACAGAGGGAUAAACCACAGAGGUUCAGUGACUAUUUCAAACCAAUCAAAAUUCACCAAAAAUUCACAUCAAAGCCACCGAGAAAUCUCGCUCAUAUAGCUGCGUUAGAAUAUCAGAAUAUCCCUCUGGAUGUGGAUAAUGAUGUGAAUAAUAGAAAACAGAAAGCAAACAAACGCCUGUCCGGAUUAUUUAACAUGGAUAGACCAAAGGAGGAACCCGCUCCAGUGGACCCAGCCAUUGGGGAGGUUAGGGAACUCAGAAUUGAGAGUGAUGAGGACAUUAACAAAAAGGCAAAGUCAAAGAAGAAUUCUCAGGAUGCCGUUCCUGUACAAGCAUUGAGGAAGUUACGAAAACAAAAAAGCGUAGAUGAUGCCACCAAAAAUUCUGUCUCAACACCCAAUGUUCUCGAUGAAACAUUUAAUAAGUUUAAGCAGCAUAGUUAUUUCCAGCAGAUUCCAAAAGACACUAAAAAGGAUAAAUACAGUUCUAAAUCAGUCCCUAAAAAUUUAGGGCAGAUAUUUAAAUCUCCAAAGAGUGAACGAAAGGAUAUAAAGAGAGAAAAGGAAAAAGAGAAAAAGAAUGACAAGAAAAAUAGAGGACGUCGGAAAACGAUCUUAAACCCAAUCUUUUUUUCAUCCAAUAAAUCGCCACCACCCAAACCAAAGAAGGUCCGAUCAACAUCCGCUGAUAGAAUGGCAUCAUACAGGAUAUUGCGGGAUGACUGUAAAGACAAACCAGUCUCAAUUUCCUUUCUUUCUGACUCUGGUAUUACAUCACCAAAAGCGAGGUUGGUAUUAUUGUCAUAAUAUAGAAAGUUUUGUCUGACUUAAAAAGAAUAUCCAGUUUUUCAAAAAAGGGAAUGAAUUUUAAAAAGGUUCAUGAUUGAAAAUAGUUGCUUUACCAGACACACAGUUAUAAUUCUAAAUAACGCCUAGAGAGAUGGGAGGGGGUUACCUUAUAUAUAUGUUAUAUGGCAAAGCUUAAAAAAUAUCACACAUAAAAACAAUAGCUCUAGAAAUCAGCCAAUAUGAUGAGUCAUAAUCUGAUAAUUUCAUAUAAAAGUUCAGCCCGACAUACAUCAAAAAUAUAUAAAUUUUAUCUUGCAUAAUUGAAUAUAUUGGAAAUUCAUGUCGACUGCAGCUGGUGAUAUUGUAUUUAUUGUGUCAGUUUUAGUGUAGAAUAUAUAAAAGAUAUAAAGCUACACAAGCAGGCACAUUGUACGAAGCAUUUAACAUACUGAUAUAUUCUGUGGUUGCUUUGUGAUGUUAUAUUCGGUUAGAAACAUGACUGUCUUUCACUCUAACAUUUAACUUGUUACAGUCAUCAUGGGUGUAGGCAGUCGAGGCAGCAAAAUUUGCCUCUCUUAAUCAGCUUUCUUUCCUCGCAUAAUUUGAGAUCCUGGCUACGCCCCUGGUCAUUCUAUACUUUACCCUGCUAACAAAUUUGUUCCCUAAGCACAUGUCAACAGUAAGCACCUAUAUACUCUGAUAAAGAGUAUCUGUAAGUUGAAAAGGGGUGCUAGAUGUUACUUUUUUGCUUUCUGAAUAUCGCCCUUUGUAUUUUACAUAUGUAUGAGUACA